UAUAUUAAUCAAGUUUAUGAGUCUUGAGUCUUGGUGAAUCGCACUGAUUUUUGGCCCUUCCCAGAAAAUUUUAUGAAUUUCCGUGUUGAUUGCGUUUGGCUGCCUUAAUCACAAAGCCACAUGUCUUCCAGUUAUCGAAGCGGAGAUUCAAAGAGAGUUUGAAGAGCUGCCGUAGUGUCGCUGGAAGCAGAAGGGGGCGUUUUGUUUUUCGUUUCGUUUUUUCAGAGCUGAGAAAUAUGCCUUUCCCAAUGAAGAUCCAACCUAUCGAUUUCAGCCCUUCAGAAGAUGUAGCGCCGCCUCGUUUGGAGGCGGUAAAACCGGUGGGGAAAUCACGGUUCAAGAGGCUGUUCGAGCGCCCGUUUCCUAGUGUUCUAAGGAAUUCCGCGGCGGAGAAGGUGGAUGCCGUUGCAGCCGAUGAGUUGCCUUUUAGCAAAGAAUGCACCGCGGAGUUCGAGCCGAGCUCCUUUUGUUUGGCGAAGAUGGUGCAAAAUUUCAUCGAAGAAAACACCGAGAAACAUCAAUCUGGUGCGAUUAGGUGUAGUCGUAACCGCCCUAACUGCUUCAAUCGUAACUACAACGAAAGCUCGGAAGACGAAUUGGAUGGUUUCGGUUUUAGUGACUCCAAUCCCUCUUAUUCUGCUGAAGCAUCUGAAAUUCUGAAGAGCUUGGUUCCCUGUGGGAGUGUGAUUGAAAGGAAUUUACUGGCCCAUACAGCGAAGGUUAUGGAGAAGAACAAGAUCUCUAAACACAAAGAUGAUUUCUGCAGGAAGAUUGUUGCUGAUGGGUUAAUGGCCCUUGGAUACGAUACUUCUAUCUGCAAAUCUCGUUGGGAAAAAUCACCCUCUUAUCCCGCCGGUGAAUAUGAAUACAUAGAUGUGAUAAUUGACGGGGAGAGAUUGCUGAUAGACAUCGAUUUCCGAUCAGAAUUCGAAAUUGCCCGAUCAACAAAGACUUAUAAAUCAAUCCUCCAAUUGCUUCCCUUCAUUUUCGUAGGCAAAGCUGAUCGUCUCCAGAGAAUAAUUGCAAUUGUUUCCGAAGCGGCUAAGCAGAGCCUGAAGAAGAAGGGAAUGCAUGUUCCUCCAUGGCGGAAAGCUGAGUAUGUCAGCGCUAAAUGGCUCUCUCCUUACAACCGAGUCACACCUUCACCUUCACUUGCUCCUACUCCCACCCCCACACCUACCCCCACCCCCACAUUUGGGACACUUGAAGAAUCUGAAUUCGACACAAAAGCUAAACAGAAAGACCAACCUAUUAUUGAAUUGAAUUCCGAGGAAAAAAACUCGGUUGAGGAUGCUGAGUUAGGCGAAUCCAUAUUUACUUUCUCCGAGUACUCUGAAGAAGAUUGGAAGGAAACGGUGGAGAAAGAAGGGCGGAAGCCACCUGAGACGAAACCCAAGAGCUCACAGACUGGGAUUAAGAUCGUGACUGGUUUGGCUGUCAGUAAUCGAAGAUGAAGCCAGAAAUUUUUGACCUUUUCUUUAUAUUUUUCUCCUAUCUUUUCCCAUUUUUGGGUAUUAAGAGAACCAAAUACUAUGGUUAACUUUUUAAAUCCCCUUCUGCUUUUAAUACAAGGGUUGAUAUCUGGCUCUACUACUGAUAUGAAAUCAGAUUGUUAUAUAAAUGGUUAAACAAGUGAAGGAAUUUUGUUUUUAA